CAAUUGCAGGGGCAAGAUCCAUAUAGGCUAUAGCCAACCAAGCCAAUGGCUAGACUCACACAGAGAGCUUCAUAGCAAUUAUAUACACCAUCUCCGAUUCUCUCUUUAAUUUUGCUGGAUCAACUCAAUCAACAGAGAGAGAAUGAGCGGAGCGGGGAAGAAGGUAGCAGACGUGGCUUUCAAGGCCGGUAGAACCAUCGAUUGGGAAGGCAUGGCCAAGUUGCUGGUCUCCGACGAGGCCCGAAAGGAGUUCGCCACGCUCCGACGAGCCUUCGAUGAAGUGAACACUCAGUUGCAGACCAAAUUCAGCAAGGAACCAGAACCCAUAGACUGGGAAUAUUACAGGAAGGGGAUUGGUUCUCGCUUGGUUGAUAUGUAUAAACAAGCAUAUGACGAAGUUAAAAUCCCACAAUAUGUAGACAACGUCACUCCUCAAUACAAACCCAAGUUUGACGCUCUGUUGGUCGAGCUGAAAGAAGCUGAGCAGAAGUCGCUGAAGGAGUCGGAAAGACUGGAAAAGGAAAUUGUUGAUGUCCAAGAGCUGAAGAUGAAACUAAGUACAAUGACCGCUGAUGAAUACUUUGCAAAGCAUCCUGAACUGAAGAAGAAGUUUGAUGAUGAAAUCCGAAACGAUUACUGGGGCUAUUAGUUUUUGCUUCAUGUAGCACCUCCCGGGACCAGUUUCACUCGAAGUCUCAAACCUUUUUGAGCUUGUCCGCAAUUUAUGAAUAAAGAGGAAUGUUUUGUUUUAUCCUUUCAUUUCUUGGUUAUUUUCAAGACUGUGAACCAGGAGACAGUCACUGGGGGAUUUGCUAAUGCAACCUUCGAUACGAGGAUUAACAUGAUGUGUUGAAAUAUUCAAUGAAAUUUCAUAAUCAGAAGUCCCAUGGAUUUUCAGACUCGUGGUGUAUGAAUGUUUAGUACGUAGUAGUGGAUGCGUUGACAAGAUUUAAACUUUUU